AUGCUUUCUCUGGCUGUCCUUGGAGCCGUCCUUGCCUCGGUCGCCCGAGCGCAGGUGACUGCGACCGGCACGAUGGGUGUCACCAACCCCACCGCGCCCGUUGUCAACGAGAACAUCAACCAGACGUCCAUGGCGCGACUCGUAUCGAUCAACGCGAUUGACGACUUCUGUCUCUUCGCUCCCCCCGAGCCGGACUCGGUCAUUGGUGAGACGGAGGACCGCGAGGUUGCGUGGUGCGUGCAGCCGCGCAACAACGCCCGUGUCAUCCCGGACGGCACCUUCCACGCGGUGCACUUUGUCAAGACCCCGCUCUACUGGCAGGUGCAGGGCUGGGGCGACUUCACCAAGCUCAACAUCAAGGCCGGCGACCAGGGCGGUGAGCUGGACCCGCACGGCGCGACCGGCCUCGGCAACCCCGUCGGCGGCAAUGUCACGACCAACGCGACGGGCACCGACGUCAACUACGAGGAGUGGAUGAACUACAUGUCGUUCCAGCAGUUCUGUAUCCGCAUCUGUAUCGCCGAGAACGACAAGGUGACUGCCGCCGAGCAGUGUCAGCACACGCUCGACGAGAUGGGCUGCAACUGGGUCAUGCCCGGCGACUACACCAACGGCACCUUCACCGAGUGCGAGGCCGACGCCGCGUACCCUCCCGGCCUGUAUGUGCUCAAGAACGGCUCGACCUCGACCUUCGCGCAGCGCUACACGGGAACGUACACGGACAAGGCGCACAGCACGACCGGCCUCUUCACCGUCGGCCAGACCGUCACCCCCUCGUCUGCCAUGAGCGUCCCCGCCUCGUCCAAGUGCACCACCUACUCCACCAUCAGCAACGGCAUCCCCACCGCCCUCCUCAUGCAGACCGACAAGGUCGUCCCCUACACCUCGGGCCAGACCAGCUUCGAGGGCGUGCCCGAGAACACGGCCGCGGCCGGUGACUCGAAGGACGGCGAGAGCAGCUCGGACAAGGCCGCGCCCAGCGCUGGCUCGAGCGCCGGAAAGGCCAAGUCGGGCGCCUCCCCCGUCGCUGCUGCGCUUGGCAUCUCGGCCUUCUCGGUCGUCCUCGGCGGCCUCGCCAUUCUUCUUUAA